GUAAAAUAACACUAAAAAUGUCAUUCUAGAAAACUAUAUUGAUGUGAUCAAUAUGCUAUGCAUAAAAUAAAUAUAACCUAAUAAUUCUGUUUGUGCGGUUUAAUGAAUGUUUUAGACUACCGCCUGUCACAUGAUGCGGAUCGCGAAUGACUUCACGCUCUGUCAUGGCUGCACGAGACAUAAACAUGCCAGAGGUUCUGUAGUUCAGAGCAUUAAACCAGUGCGAUGAUUAAAGCAGCGGCCAUAACAAAUCAUUCUGACUUUAGGUCCGCCAUAUGAACUCGGCUGGUCGGUGUUUUGUGCGGCAGGUGAAGUGAUAGCUGAGUUGUAUAUCAUAGGAAGGAUCCGAGCAUGCAGACUGAAGCCGUGCUGGAGCAUCACGGCGGCUCACAGAGUUCCUGCAGGACGGGCUCCAAAUCCUGGCAAUACAGUGAUCUGAUGGAAAAGGUGGAUGGGUAUUUGAUGAAGUACACCAAUCUUGUGACUGGAUGGCAGUAUCGAUAUUUUGUGCUCAACAAUGAGGCAGGACUGCUGGAAUAUUUUGUGAAUGAGCAGUCCAGGAAUCAGAAGCCCAGGGGCUCGCUGCCAUUAGCUGGUGCGGUGAUUUCCCCCAGCGAUGAAGAUUCACACACGUUCACUGUCAAUGCCAUCAGCGGAGAGCAAUACAAACUUAGAGCCUCAGAUGCAAAGGAGCGACAGCACUGGGUCAGCCGACUGCAGAUCUGUGCGCAGCACCACACGGAGGCGCUGGGCAAAUUAUCCGUAAUCCCACAGACAAACCCACCACUUCAGACUCGCAGUCUCUCCAUGGCGUCUCAGGGCAGUGGCAGCUCUCCAGGAUCUCAACACAGGGUCAACCAGAACUCAAACGCCCUGUUGGGCCUGUCCCAGCUGCAGCGCAGCUCAUCUCUUUACUCCAGCAGAAAGUCGCUGCUGCCUGAUCACUUGCUGGAGGCCAGAGAGAUGAUGAGCCAGGCGCAGGGCCAGCACAGAUACCUGAUCCAGAGUAUUGAGGGUCUGCCCUCCUCCCAGGGACCCUCUCCCUUGGACCAAGACUUGCUGCUGCUGAAAGCCACCUCUUUGGCUACCAUGACCUGCCUCAGCGACUGCCUGCAUAUCCUGCAGCUCCAACAAGUGGCUCGGCAGAAAGCUCCUCUUGCUGGCCCUGCCCUCGAGUGGCUGGAACCAAAACUUCCUGACAUCCUGAAGAAUGGAGGGACGCUACCCAGCAUUACCAGAGAUGAUGGUAAAACAGAGGGAACCGUUCUGGAACCUUUAGAAAUGGACUCCUGUGAUAUUGCUAGGGAGCAGGAGGAGAUUGAUGCCACACAAGAGGUAGAUGAUUCAGCUCCGGCCGAGGAGGAGGAACUGGGUGCUGUCGAAGAGGAGCGCAGCAUCAUUCUGCACCUCCUCUCUCAGCUCAAACUGGGCAUGGACCUCACCAGGGUGGUCCUGCCUACUUUCAUUCUGGAGAAGCGCUCCCUGUUGGAAAUGUAUGCAGACUUCAUGUCCCAUCCGGACCUUUUUGUCGCCAUCACUGAUGGCUCCAGCCCAAUGGACCGCAUGGUCCGAUUUGUGGAGUAUUACCUCACUUCCUUCCACGAAGGUCGCAAAGGUGCCAUUGCCAGGAAGCCCUACAACCCCAUCAUCGGAGAGACCUUCCACUGCUCUUGGAAAGUACCCAAGGCGACGACACCUCCAACAGCGGUUUCGAAAGAAGGGACCUCAUGCGCGUCAGACUGCUACAAUGUCCGCUUCGUGGCUGAGCAGGUUUCCCAUCAUCCACCUGUGUCGGGCUUCUAUGCAGAAUGCCAGGAGAGACAGAUGUGUGUCAACACGCAUGUGUGGACCAAGAGCAAGUUCAUGGGCAUGUCCAUUGGCGUCUCUAUGAUCGGAGAAGGUUAUCUACACCUAUUGGAGCACGGUGAAGAAUACACCUUCAGUCUGCCCUCUGCUUAUGCCCGCUCUAUCCUCACUGUGCCCUGGGUGGAACUGGGAGGAAAGGUCAAUGUCAACUGCACCACGACAGGCUACUCUGCAAUCAUCACCUUCCAGACAAAGCCUUUCUAUGGGGGCAAGCUGCACAGAGUGAAUGCGGAGGUCAAACACAACCCCACCAACUCCGUGGUGUGCCGAGUACAGGGUGAGUGGAACGGCGUGCUGGAGUUUACCUACACCAGCGGGGAGACACGUGUCCUAGACGUUAACAAACUCCCAGUCACCAGUAAAAGAGUACGGCCCAAUGAGCUGCAAGGACCCUAUGAAUCUAGGCGACUGUGGCAGCGUGUGACGGAGUCUCUGAAGGAAAGGGAUAUGGAUAAAGCCACGGAACAGAAGCGUUUCCUGGAGGAAAGGCAGAGGAAAGAGGAGAGGCAUCGCGCAGAGACACAGACAGCAUGGAGGACCAAAUACUUUGAGCGCAAAGGUGAAGGCUGGGUGUAUUACCAACCACUGUGGAAAACGGCGGCCCAUAGCUCUUUCCCAGUCUCCCCUCCAGAAAACCCAUAACCUCUGACCUUUUAAGACCUGAGUCCAGGCAUUGUACAGCAUCCCGCUGCAGUAAACCUCUGCUCCGGUGUUCCCUCUCUCACUGAUGAAGACAUACACUCUCCUUUGUAUGAUUCCUGAAACAUAUCUUCAGUUUGAGUGUUUGUAACACGCUUUGUGGACUUGCGGGUUUGCACUCUGAUGUUCAUAUUUUGCAUCCCUCGGUGGUAAGAUUUUUGUAGAACUACACAGUGAAUGAUUUAUUCAAUCUGCACACAGAUAUUGUUUGUUGAUGUUGCCUUAACGAGUGUCGUAUGUAACGAGGGCUGAGUACAGUGUGACAGUUCUUAACGUGGGAUUGUGUUUGAGGUGAACUUCUUAAUCUAACCAUACUGUGGUGUUGACCACGGUACGGUCAAAGUUUUCUGAUUCUUUUAAAAUCGUACUGACUUAUCAUGAUUUAUAUGGUAUCAAAUGAAAUGCAGGAUUAGGGGAGCUCAUUCAAGAAGGUGGGGUUCAAAAGGACAGACAGCUAGCUGCGUUGAUAACUGGUGAGAUGCAAGUUGUUAUUGCUUAGCAAGACGCAGCUGGAGUCCUGAUGAGAGAGAAAGCGUUGGCUUGGCUUUCGUAUUAUGCUGUCUUUUUCUCGUUCUCGCACUGGUAAAUGAAGCUGGCAGGCGCUAUACACAAAAUCUGGGCCAGAUGGAAGUGUUUGGGUUGAGGCCUGCUCUUCUGUUUCUGCUUGAUGUUCAGUGAACAAUUACAUUGGCUUUAGUUGCAGAGAGAUUUUAAAGGGAUAUUCAACCCCCCCAAAAUUCUGUCCUCAC